AUGGAUAUAGUUUAAUAGAAUUAAGAUAUGUAAAACACUAAUAAGCUUCCUAAAGGUUAUUUAUUGUUGCAUAACAUUGGUAAAAAAAAUAACAUGGGAAUUAUUAUUAGAAGUGCUUCAGCAUUUAACUUCGAAAAAGUAUUUUUGAUUAGCAAAAAUGAAGAUAUCUUUAAUGAGGAAGUAGAAGGUGAUGAAAGAAAGAGAAAAAGGGUAUUACAUAGAGUUGUUAAGGAGUUUUAAAUGUUUGGAAAUCAUGGUACCCAAGCUUAAAUGCAGUUUGACGUUUUUAAGAACUUGAAAGAAGCAAAGCAAUAUUUUGUAUAAAAUAACAUUAAGGUUUGUGGUGUUGAAAUAACACCUGAUAGCAAAAGUGUAGUUACUCACCCAUUUUAAGGAGAUACUGUUUUUCUUAUGGGUAAUGAGGGAGCAGGUUUAAUCGAAGCUCAUAAGAAAAUAUGCGAUCAUUUUGUUUAUAUUCCUUAAUACACAAAUAAGACAGCUAGUCUUAAUGUUUCUUGUGCAGCAUCUAUUAUUUUCCACCACUUUGCUCUUUGGGCAGGAUAUUAAGAAUCAUAAAUAUUUGGUGAAAAAUUCUAAGACUAAGCAGCUAUUGAAGGAGAACAGCAAGAAAAAGAUUCUCAAAGUGAUGAAGAAAAAGAGUCAUCUUAAAAUUAGGAUUAAAACGAAGAAUAAAUUAGUAAAGUACCUUAAGGAUAAGAUGAUUAAAGCAAUUUAAAAGAAGAAAGCAAACAAUAGUGA